CCAACGUUUAGUAGUGACUUUGGCCAAUUUGAAAAAGAAUUGUCGCUGGUGCAAAAAGAUACAGAACCUGUGCUCAUUCCAUCUGACCGACCAGCAGCUGUCGCACAAAUUACAGGUCUUGGCAGCUUUCCAUUGACAUUAACAGCUGUUACAUGUCUUCAGCUGUCAAGAGCCUCUUGCGAAGGUCAUAUUUACGACACGAAAAGGACACACUGAAAAACGCCCAGUCUCUUAUCGCUCCAAAUACCGUUUUUCUGCCACUGCCGUCGCCGUCCGCUUCUUGAACAAUCUCCUAGAUCGGCAUGAUCAGAUCUACUUUUCUUCUCUCGACAGAAGAGCAUUGGAAGCUUUUGCGCAUCUAGUCAACCAGACUUCCAUAAUGCGCUGCAGCUUUCACCCUGGACGUCUUUGGGAUGUUGAAAAAUUCGCACAAGGCUUUGCAGGGCAUCAUUACGACAACUCUGAAGCUGGACAGAAGUUGUUUCACAUGCUUCUGGCGCGCGACAAAUCCCGAUUCGACUUACCAUCCACUAUGCCACGCUGGUCCGAUCUCAUGGUGGAGAAUCAUGAGUGUCGCGAGGUAUCAUAGUGUCGUGAGCUUUAUGAAGCACGGAUUGGUGGCCAAGAGGUCUUGCGCCGCCUCCUGGGAGAAUAAGAUGAGGCUCAGUCUCGUUCAUUGCUAGCAGGGGCGUUGGGCGUAGACGACACCGAGUUGCAUCGGUUGUGUCGGUCAAGGUAGGGCAGUAGAAAAGAUUGAGGAUUAAAGAUGCCAGAGGAGAUGAGUUGUUAGGUAUUCUCGAGGUAAAGUUUGAGAGGGUUUCUCAAGCCCGGCCAAAAGCAGCUGAAGAAGGUACCUCGCUUGCGAAGGUUCUGAACUCUCCAGAAAGGCACCGGGUUAAACAAUGUAAGGUAACAUGUAGGUAAGUCUGCACAAUUGUCAAUGAAUGUAUUUGCCAUGUAAGUCACGUCACGUCAAGUCGGACACCUAAAAUAAGCCCCCUCGAAUUCUUCCCAGGUAAGGCACCUCUGAAG